AUGACAGAAGUGUCCUUCGUCAAGUCGUUCCUCGCCGCGCUCGACUCGCGCCCCGUCAAGAUCCGCGCCGACUAUGUCUUCGACCCAGAGCAAGUCGGACUGCGUGUCCCCUACACUCUCCCCCGCCUACAAUCGCCUCACCCCGAAAUGCCCAAGAAAGUACACAAGACGCAAGCCCCGGGCUCCUCGAAAUCCAUCACCGUGCACCUGAAGUCCGCGCGCAACCCGGCCCUCGAGUUCUCGCUCCCCAACACCGCGCUCUCCACGACCUCCGUGCAGGACCUCAAGGACGCCGUGCGUGAGCGGGUCACAGACGCCCAGGGAAACAAGGUCCCGCUCGACAAGAUCAAGGUCCUGUACAAGCGGAAGCCCGUGGCGGGGAAGACGGUGGCGGAGGUACUGGCGGACGAGCCGGGUAUGCUUGCCGGGGGUAAGGAGGUAGAGUUUGGCGUGAUGAUUAUGGGUGGUGCGCAGGUGGUGCAGGGCGAGAGCGCGCCGGUUGAGCAGGCUGUGGAGGAGCAGGCGCCGCCGAAGCCGGCGGUUGGGCCUAGUGGUGAGAGCGUUGUGGCGACAGAGGCGUUCUGGGAUGAUCUGCAGGGAUUCCUGGAGCAGAGGGUGAAGGACUUUGAUGAGGCGAAGAAGUUGAGGAAACUUUUCAAUGAGGCGUGGAGGUCGACUCAAUAG